AUGAAGAAUUAUCGAUUCCAGUGUAUUGCGGUGAUGAUCGAUCGUGGAUGCGGCAAUGAGUGCUUCUCAACUUGGUUGCUGUCAAUGUUCCUCUACUUACCAGGCGUCAUUUACGCAUUCAUUGUGAUUCUACAAGAGAAACCACCUAUCGUUAUGCCAUCCAAUAAUGUCGUCGUCAACACGUACGUGAGCUCUUUGGCCUUUCGGACUGAAACGACACCUGCUGUUGAAUCAGCGCCACAUCCAGCUCCACUGCCAUCGUCGUCGUCAGUCGGCAAUGCCCCUCCAGCCUAUGAGCUCGGUGAUGUUGACGGAAAAGCUUAG